UACACCUCUCUGAGACUCUUCUGCUCUUGGCCUGGCGGAUUACCCUCCCCGUCUCUCCACUGGACCGGACUUGUAAACACUGCCAACACCAACACUGCCGUCUUGCUGCCAUCUGAAGGCCUCAACUCCAACAGCUUAUUUACUUGCAUGGGCUCCCACCUGGCACUCAAACAAUCAAUAGAGUGCAGCACACGUACAUAUAUUCCCCCUGCAGAGCCGGAGUGUUUUGCCUAUGUGACUAACAAUAAACAGUAUCUGAUGCUGUCCUGCUCCUGGGAUGGAGGGGCCCCGAAAGCCUUGGUGUGGUGGGAGGGCCCAGAUGGCCAGGCCAAAGGCGGAGAAGAAAACUCCAACAUCCUGAUCCUUCGCUACGGCACCGCCCGCAGCGGGAAACCCUACACCUGCCAUGCUAAGCAUCCACUUCUGGUCCAAACCAAAACCUGCAGGCUCACACUGGAGGCUCCUGUAUUGCUGACACAGCGCAGAGUUGUGUCUGUAUACGAGGGGAGUGACGUUCAGCUCACCUGCAACCUGAGAGCCAACUACCUUCCUGUCAGUGAAAUCACCUGGUUUAACAAUCAGGGUGUGGGCGUCCUAGACACCUCAAAGUACGCACUGCUGCAAACAUCUGCAUGGGCCAAUCUGACUGUGAGAGACACAGAUGAGACUCAAGACAGCGGCGAGUACAGGUGCUCCACUUCCAACGCAGUGGGAGGAACUGAAAUCAAUGUCACUUUAGUGAUCAAGAGGUACCCCAUACCACCCAAUGUGACCCUGGUCAAAGUGAUGUACAACAGCCGACAGCGUAACGAGGUGGGGCUGGAGUGGCAGGUAGAGAAUGAAGGAGGAGGAGGAUGGACAGGUUUCAUCCUGCAGCACAUAUGGGUGUCAGAGCGACCAGGAAGGAGAGGCAGCAACAAUGUUUCAAAGCAGGAGAUGGAGGAGAGGAUCAGUCCACCAGACUGGUACUCUAAUAUCAUCCAGGACCCAGAAGUCAGGAUCUAUACAGUAGGGAGACUGACAUCGACCGUUACCUACAAGUUCCGCAUCACGCCUGUCAACCACCGCACUGUCGGACAUCCUUCUGCUGCAAAGACUCCAGCGGAACCACGCUACAAUGUGUACCCUGCUGUGAUUGGAGCAGCUAUAGGCGGGAUGCUCUUUGCAGCCUUCCUAACAGCGCUGCUGCUCGUGUUCAUAAUCCGCAACCGCAACAACAAUCCUCGAUUACAUGACAUGCUGUUUGGUUUGCAGCAUAGCCAGUCAAGAGAAAACAUCAACUUCCCAGAGGAUGAAUUGGAAGGCAGGUCAGAGGGAGGAAUAGAGGAGAUUGGUGGAUCAUCCAGUCCAGGUCCAACCAUGGCUUUACCCCGGGCAGCUUCACCCCUCACCACCUCACCUGCGAGUGCCACCCCCGCCACCAGCCAAGCCCCUCCCCCUGGAGACGACAAUGAACCUGUCAGCGUCACCAUCACCGUCAAGGCUACAGGCUCAUAGUCAUACAUGUAGGCUAUAUCACGGACUCCUUCGGUUGUAAUUUUACCUGGAAUUAAAGGUUGUGCUGACAGUUUGGACAAUUAUUACAGUAUGUAGCAUGUGACCUAGAUCUCAACUCAACUACAUUUACAGUUACAAGCAUAUAUUUCGCUACAACACUUUGAUCUUUUGAUUUUUACAUUAAUGCUAUGUAUGUAUACUGCUUAGCCAACAGGAGUGUUUUUUUUUUUAACCAGAACCCCUUUUUGUUGUAGCAGGUACCUACAGGGCUUGAACAGCACCUGCUGCUUCCUUAUCAAACAAUUUCACUUUUAUAUUUGCAUGGAUACUGAACAUUGGAGUUACCUCAUAUUAAACCCUAAAAUUAUUAUUUUUU